UGUGAGGAAGUUGUUUUUUUUUUGUCUGUAUGUUGUGAAACUUCUCUUUCAGAACUGCUAAUACACAGCAGCCACACACACACAGCAAAAUGCCUGAAGCUGAGGUAGUAUACUCCGAUGUGAAGUUUACAAGAGGAAAAAAGGGAGCCAGUGAGGCCGUUACCCCAUCGACUGACUCGACUUACUCUGAAAUCAAGAUCUCAAAGACUCAGCCAUCCACAGCACAGCUGUCUGAGGGUCCUCAACCAGCUGUGGUGAGCAAAGGGUCAAAGGUCACCUCAGAGAGAGUGGUCCUGGUGGUUCUCAGUGUUGUCCUGGCAGCUGCUCUCAUUGCUCUGUGUUUUACCACAAUUAAAAUAAUUACAAUUAACAAACAGCUUGAAAAUCUAGAACAUCACAAAAUGAAGUGCGAAAGUAAUUUCACAGAGACUCUCUCUAAGAUAAAAUCAUGCAACACGGUGCAGCCGACCUGUCCAGGACCUAAAGUAAUAGAUGAUCCUUGUUAUAAAUGUGAAGGAGGCUGGGAGCAACAUGGAGGAAAGUGCUAUUACUUCUCCAUCAGUAAUUCAUCCUGGAACAAGAGCAGAGAUGAGUGUAGAGCUAAAGGAGGAGACCUGGUUAAGAUAGACAGCAGUGCGGAGCAGACUUUGCUGGAGAGAAGACUGAGAGAUGUAAUGACUGAAGCUGAGGACAAGUUCUGGAUCGGACUGACAGACUCAGCAGUAGAGGGCAGAUGGGUGUGGGCGGACGGAUCACCACUGAAUGAAAGUUUGAAGUUUUGGAGCAAAGAUGAACCAGACAAUUGGAAAGGGCCCAAUGGGACACAUCCUGGUGGAGAGGACUGUGCAAGGAUGGGAGAACAAGGUGGAGCUAAAGAUCUGAAGUGUUGGUUUGAUGCAUUUUGCUCAAAGCCUCACAGAAGUAUUUGUGAGAAAGCAGGAGUAAAAGGACAGUUUAAAAAAGUAUGUGACUGAAAUUCACUUGUGAAACUCCAGAAUUGUCAUGGGCCUGGGUCUUUGAGUUUAUUGUUAUUAUUUUUCAGUUUUUGCUGUUUUGUAUUUGUUCUUAGGGUUUAAGUUGUGUGUUUAGUGUUUCUAUCAUCCCUACCUGUGUCUUUCCUCUGUGUCCUGUUCGUGUCCCCGAGUUGGUAUUGUGAAAGUCUGUGAGUUUCCUGUUUUACUUUGUAGGUUUGUGUCUCGUUAUGCCCAUUAGUUCCAGCUGUGUCCCCUCCUGUCUGCCAUUUCCUAAUUACCUGGUGUGUGUAUUCGUCGUGUUGUCUGUGUUUCUCUGUGAAUCUUCUGUGUACUUAGCGUUAUUCCGUGUUUGACCGUGUCUCUCUGCUCCUCGCCCCGUGUCCUCCUUUUGUGUUAGUCUUCCCAUUUUAGGUUUAUGUUUGGUUCUGCCCACACCUUGGUUAUUGUUCACUGUAAAUAAAACUCACUUGUACCUCCGCCACUGUCUGCUAUUUGGAUCCUUCUUCUCACCUCCAAGAAUGGAGUGAUGCAAUUUUUAAAAAUAAUGCCACAAACAGAAACAAAAUGAAAACAGUAAAAUAAACACGAGUAAUAUUUUGUAUCUGAUACUUUUCAGUUUUGAUGUGAUUAACAUGUAAAAGAAAUGUGGGAGCACCUGUGAAAUUCAUUAAACUUUUUUAAAAUAAUAAA